UUGCAUCUACAGAAGUACACUUUGGACCUAUGAGAUUGACACAAGACCCUUUCCAGGUUCUAUUGGUCUUUGCUAAAGAGGACAGACAGAGUGAUGGCUUUUGGUGGGCAUGUGAUAGAGCUGGAUACAAGUGCAACAUCGCACGGACACCAGAGUCUGCACUGGAAUACUUUCUGGAUAAACAUCAUGAAAUUAUAGUCGUUGACAACAGACACACCAGAUAUUUUGAUGCCGAAGCUCUUUGCAGGUCAAUUCGAGCCACAAACCCUGGAGAAACCACGGUGAUGCUGGUUGUAGUUCCUCAGUUGUGUAACGAUCAAGAGGAGAGUUCAGUCUUGCCCCUCCUUAAUGCAGGUUUCAACAGGCAAUACAUAGAGAACCCCAAUGUAACUGCAUGUUACAAUGAACUAAUUCAGUUGGAGUAUGGAGAGGUGCGGUCACAAUUCAAGCUGCGGGCAUGCAACUCCAUAUUUACAGCCCUAGAGCAGUGCCAGGAGGCCGUAGAAAUUACAAAUGAAGACCAUGUUAUCCAGUAUGUGAAUCCAGCAUUUGAACAUAUGAUGGGUUAUCAUAAAGGGGAGCUGGUUGGCAAAGAACUUACUGAACUACCCAAAAGUGACAAAAAUAAAGCAGAUCUUCUUGAUACAAUAAACACAUGUAUCAAGAAAGGAAAGGAAUGGCAUGGAAUUUACUAUGCAAGGCAGAAAGCAGGGGACAGUAUACAGCAAGAUGUGAAAAUAACACCUGUGAUAGGCCAAGGAGGGAAAAUUAGGCAUUUUGUGUCGAUCAAGAAAUUGUGCAGUGACAACAAUAAACAGAUUUACAAUAUGCACAGUGAGGACAAAUAUAUGGAAGAAAAUUCUCAAUCAGAUUCACAGUCAUUGAGACAUAAAGAUAGACGGAAAGGUUCCAUCGACGUCAGAUCAAUAACAUCAAGAAGAAGUGAUGGGAGUUCAUACAAUCGACGGCAUUCCUCAAUGGCAAGAAUUCAUUCCAUGACAAUUGAAGCUCCAAUCACCAAGGUCAUCAAUAUAAUUAAUGCUGCCCAAGAGAACAGUCCAGUAACAGUUGCUGAGGCCUUGGACAGAGUUCUGGAAAUAUUGCGAACAACUGAGCUCUACUCACCACAGCUUGGCACUAAAGAUGAUGAUCCUCACACUAAUAAUCUUGUUGGAGGGCUCAUGACUGAUGGAUUAAGAAGAUUGUCCAGCAACGAAUACAUUUUCUCUAAAACUUACCGUCAGACCGAGAAGUCAGAGGUGCCAUUAUGGACGUCUCUUGAUGGACAGAUUGAAGAAGAACCAGACCUACAGCAAAAUUCCAGCCAUCUUGCCAUGCCAGUUGCCCUUAGCGAUGUGCCACCUCACGUAGCAGAAUUGCUUGAAGAUGAAGAAAGCUGGGACUUCAAUAUUUUUGAGCUUGAGACUAGAACUAACAAAAGGCCAUUGCUUUAUCUUGGUUUAAAAAUCCUAACACAGUUUGGAGUAUGUGAAUUUUUGAACUGUUCAGAAAAGACUCUAAGAUCAUGGCUACAGCUCAUAGAGACCAAUUAUCAUGCAUCAAAUUCAUACCACAAUUCAACACAUGCUGCUGAUGUAUUACACGCUACAGCAUAUUUCCUGCGAAAGGACCGAGUCAAGGGAAGUUUAGAUAAGCUGGAUGAGGUUGCAGCACUCAUUGCAGCCACAGUACAUGAUGUGGACCAUCCAGGGCGCACCAACUCCUUCCUGUGUAAUGCAGGAAGUGAGUUGGCUGUACUAUAUAACGAUACGGCAGUCCUGGAAAGUCAUCAUGCAGCCCUGGCUUUCCAGCUCACAGCUGGAGACGACAAGUGCAACAUCUUCAAAAACAUUGAAAGGAAUCAAUUUCGGACGUUGCGACAAGCAAUCAUUGAUAUGGUUUUGGCUACAGAGAUGACAAAGCAUUUUGAACAUGUGAACAAAUUUGUGAACAGCAUCAACAAACCUAUGACUUCUAUUGAGGAGACAAGCUCAAAUAGCGAGUGCAGUGAUGGUGAACGUCCUUCCAGCAUAAAGAACCCAAUUGAGGACAGACUGCUUAUCAAACGCAUGUUAAUUAAAUGUGCUGAUAUCGCUAACCCUUGCCGCUCUGUAAAGUUAUGCGUAGAAUGGGCAGGGAGAAUUUCAGAAGAAUAUUUUGCUCAGACCGAUGAGGAAAAGCGCCAAGGCCUGCCAGUCGUGAUGCCAGUCUUUGAUCGAAAUACCUGUAGUAUUCCAAAAUCUCAAAUAUCGUUUAUCGAUUAUUUUAUAACUGACAUGUUUGAUGCUUGGGAUGCAUUUGCAAACCUCCCUAAAUUAAUACAUCACUUAGCUGAGAACUACAAGUACUGGAAAUCCCUAGAUGAAUGCAAGUAUAGAGGUUUGCGACCUCCACCUGACUCUUAAGAGGUUAAAGGACAAAAUGUUUGGUUUGCCAAAUUCACUUUAACCUGUGACGCAAGCAAAGCCAUUGAAGAGAUUCUAUUUUAGUUCAUGUGACUGUAAAAUUAUAUUGUAAUAUAAAUCUUACACAAUGCGGGAAGACUAGAUGUACAGAGAGCUGGAAAAUAUGUUGUAUGCUAUCAUGGCGGUACCCCAAUUACAAAGCAUAGAAUGCUUGAGUUUCAACACUGGAUUCAUCAAGUUCAAGAAAACUUUUGUACCAUUCUUGAGGAAUAUCACAGAGUAAGGAAAGUAACUGAGACACCUCUACUGAGAGAAGGCGCAAUUGAAACUACUGUUUCUGCAAUUAUUACCCUAAAACCAUAAAGUUAUAUGUAAGUAAGCCUUUCAUUUCCUACAGAGUUCUUUUCUCAAAGUUCUACUUGCUUGGAAAAUUCAGGCAAUAUUCUAACCAUUGAUAGAUUUUUUUUACCAAUUUACCAUUGUUUUAAAUAAAUGAAUCGGGGCAUUACGGCAGCUUUGAGCAAAAAGUAGUUUACGUAUUUUAUAAAUAAUAUGGAAAUUAAUCUUUACUCCUUGUGAAAUACAAAAACAAAUCAGCUUGACAAAUUGGGAUAUUCCAUUCCUUAAUUUAUUGCCACCCUGUAUAUUUUGAUUUAUUUUUUAAAGUUUUACUUUGACGAGGACGUAAUCAGUGCCAAAUGUAUGAAGCUAAGGUUAAUUUACUUUAUGAAAUGUACCAAAUAAAAUAUUUUUGCAUUCCAUAUUGAUUUAUGUGGAAAUAUGCAUUAAUAUUUGUAGAUUUAGUCUACGUUAGUAUUCAGUCCAAUAUAUGCAACAGCCCCGAUGUAACUGCCCUAAAUUAAUACACUAUUCUGAAUAAGGUCACAAACUAGUUAAGAAUGAAUUGGGCAAUUUGUCCUAUCUUAGCUCAGUCAUCCAGAUGUAUCCUAGUGUCCCUCCAAUCGUUUCUUAAAUGAUUCCUGGGUUUUUGUCUCGAUUAUUCUGUCAAGGUGUCUGUUCCACAUGUUGAUCAAUUUUUCUGCGACAAAGGACUUCUGAAUACCAAUCCUAAAUUUGCCUUUGCCAACUUGACCUUGUGGCUCUUUAUCACAUUCACACAAUUAAUUUUAAAGUAAUCUUACAGAUUUUAAUUUUCCAUGUGAUUAGCUAUUUCAAAUACCUAAAAUUACUUCUUAGAUAUCUUUUUAUCAAGUCUGAAAAACUCAAAUUUCUGGAAUCUUUCUUCGUAACUCUGGCCUCUGACAUGAGGGAUCAACCAUAUGGUUCUUCUCUGCAUUUUCUCAAAUAGUUUCUUGUUUCUUUGUAACUAGAACAAAACACAGCACCCAAGAUGCACCCUGACCGGAGUGCUAUGCAGAUUGAUCAUGGCUCCUUUAGAUUUGUAUUUGUUGUUUUGGUUAUAUAGUUUUGCAUUGCCUCGCUUUGUUGAUUGCUUCUUAGCAUUGGUUGGGUGUGUAGAUUGCUAAAUGUGCUUAAUUUAAGCUCUUUCAAUUCUAUUCACAAAACACAUCAGAAACUUUCCUUUCUUUUGCACAGAAAGUAGAUGGAUAUGCAAUAUGUACAUAAAAAUAAUGUUCUGAUUGCAAAUGGUCAGAGUCAGUUUUAUUCCGUGUGAAUUAAUGUAGCAGCAGUAACUAUUGGAUGUAAGAGUAAGCAAAAUACCCAUGUUGAAUGGGGGCUGAACAUUGUGAAUCUGUUACAGUUGAACUUAGUGGGCACAGGCUAUAAAGAUACAUCAUCAGCAACAAAAUGAGACUGACUUAAUAUGUGAAAUGUAAACACAUGAAGGACCAAAACCAAAAUUACAGGUAAAGAUAAUAUCAACCUCUAAUGUGAAGCAUACAUGUACUAAUGUGUAUGUAUAUAAAUAGAAAAAUUGUAACAAAAUAUACAAUUGUUUAUAGACAAUGUCGUAGUAAUUCUGUUCAAUACUGGGACAAUAUGUGCAACAAUAAAUA